UGGUGUAAAUUUGGACGUGUAUAUCUCCAUAUACACGUUCAUAUACACCUUGCUAAAAUAUACACCUCUCAGUUUUUCAGUGGAACGUGUAAAUUUGGACGUGUAUAUUCCAACGGCUAUAUUUUCAAACAGCUAUAUUUUCAACGGCUAUAUUUUCAACGGUCGUAUUUCUCUAUAUAAACCACCCCUACCAUCUUUCUUCUAGCACUUCUAUCUGUGACUUCUCUUCUCACCUAGAUUUCUCUAUCGUCUCUCACGCAACACAAUGAACACAUCCACUUUGGACAUGAGUUCUUCGUCAUCUUCAUCUGGCGACGAUGAACUCAUACUUGCAGCAUUCGCCGAGCGCGAGGAGGAAGAGAGGAUGAACGCUCGACGCCAUGGCGGUUCCAAGCAUGGACGUCAAACAAUCAAUCGAGGAAGAGAUGCCGGAUUUGUUCUUCUGUGGGACGACUACUUCAAAGAAGUUCCUCGCUAUCCCGAACAUUUGUUUCGACGAAGAUUUAGGAUGUCCCGUAAUUUGUUCAAACGCGUAGCCGAUGGUAUACUUGAGCAUGAUUAUGAUGGUUAUUUUACUCAAAAAAGAAGUGCUUCUGGAGCUCUUGGGUUACAUCCUCUGCAAAAGAUGACCGCGGCAAUGCGGAUGCUGACAUAUGGAAUAGCAGCUGAUGGUGCUGAUGAGUACAUCCGGUCCGCUGAGGCUACUAAUUUAGAGUCUUGCAAGAAAUUUGUGAUCAAAGUUUGUGAAGUUUUUGGGGAAAGGUACCUGAGAUCUCCAAAUGAAGAAGACAUUGCUAGGUUACUUGCAAUAGGGGAGGAAAGAGGAUUUCCUGGUAUGUUAGGGAGCAUAGAUUGCAUGCACUGGGGUUGGAAAAAUUGCCCCAAGAAAUGGCAUGGCAUGUUUAAAGGCCAUGUCAGCGAGCCCACUAUGAUCUUGGAAGCAGUUGCUUCACAAGAUCUUUGGAUUUGGCAUGCUUAUUUUGGUUUACCAGGGUCUCUGAAUGAUAUAAAUGUUCUUCAACGUUCUCCUGUUUUUACAAAGCUAGCUGAAGGCCAAACUCCUCCAGUGAAUUAUAGCAUCAAUGGCCAUCAGUACACAAUGGGGUAUUAUCUUGCAGAUGGUAUCUAUCCACGGUGGGCAACAUUUGUGAAGAGCAUACCAGCUCCAGAUACCAGAAAACAUAAAACUUUUGCCAAGAGGCAAGAGGGGGCUAGGAAAGAUGUGGAACGAGCCUUUGGAGUUCUUCAAUCCCGUUUUGCCAUUGUUCGUGGACCUGCUAAAGGAUGGAAACGUAAAGAAAUCGGUGAUGUCAUGAAAGCUUGUGUCAUAAUGCACAAUAUGAUAGUUGAAGAGGAGCGACAAACUGGUCGGCAAAGCUGCACUUUUGAGGCAAUGGGAGAAAGAGUCACGGUCUCUCGUACUCAUGCGGAACAACUGAGCUCUUUUAUUCAGAUGACUCACCGGAUUAGAAAUCAAGGUGAACAUGAUCAGCUUAAACUUGAUCUAAUUGACCAUGUGUGGCAAAAGUUUGGAAACGAGUGAUGUCCUAGUUAUAAGUCUGUAAUCCGUUUCUUUUCAUCUAGUUUUAAUUUAUGCAAUGAGUGAUGUAAUCCAUGAAUUUAUAGCUAUCAAUAAAAUAUUUAUGCAA